GAGCUCGGCCUCAAGGAUGAGACGGACAGAAGAAUCCUCCUCCAUGUAUCCGAUCAACAGACUGAGGAAUUAACGUAAGGCAGACGUAUAUACCUCCUGCCUCUUGUGGUUUAGAACUGAGUCGCAUCAGGUUUUGUUGACAGUGAAAAUAUGGAAGCCUACCAGGAAGGCAAUAUAGAUGAGGAGUUGCGCCCUGAUGCUGAUGAAAUGAGGGCAGCUGCUUCAGAUGUUUUGAUCCCUAGAGCAGAUAUUAAUAAUCUUGGAGACAGAGAGUCCCCUCAAGCCUCUGAUGAAGCAGAAGAGCCACAGCAGGCGGAGUCCCUCGAUUCUGAGACCCUUUCUCAUGCUGAACUGAAAAAGUUCUUUCAGGAAGCUCUGUGUCAGCUUCUUAAAAAGGAUCCUAUACUGAAUGAUCUUCAUCCACAAGUAACUCUUGAAGAGGUCAAUGCCUUAAUUGAAUUAGAACAUGGAAGAGCAAUGAAAGUGUACAUUGAGAAAGCUGAUGGUGGAUUCUGGUGUGUAGUUGUUCCCCGUGAAGCGACUGUCCAUGAUCUGAAAAAGGCACUGAAAAAUCAUGUUGCUCUCAUGCUGAACAGGAAAGGAGUCAAGAAGAAAAUAAAUUGGAAAUAUAUUUGGAAAACAUACUGGCUGUGCUAUGAAGGAGAGAAACUGGCAGAUGACCGUAAGAAAUUACUAGAAAUUGGUGUGAAAAAUAAAUGCAGUCUCACGUUCAUAAAGAGACUAAGGGAACGAAACAAAUCUGGCAGGAAGGUAAGGUAGAGCGGAAUGUAUUACCUCGGUCUAUUUCACAACAGUGUUUAAAGUUACAAGGUGAAAAUUUGGAUGCAUAGCAGUAAUGAUGUGAAUAUGGGCAAGCUAAUGUUAUGGCUGUAUCAUGUCUUGUAAAAAUUGUACAGCAUUUUUUCUUAGAUUCUUGAAAGCAAUUUAGAGAUGUGAUUUUUAAUAAUAUAUGUUGAACUAUAAAUUUCGUAAAGCAUAUUCCCGAACAGAAAACUGUCUGCUGGUUUUAUAUUAUUGCUGAGUAUGCUUUUAUGAUCAUUUGUAGUGUACAUAAAUAAAAUAUAAAUAAAUCA